AUGGCGCAAAUAGUGACUGCUGAGCCAGGAACAACUGUGAUUGUCCAGCAAACACAAAUCCUGAGGGAUUGGAAUUCUGGCCUGUUCUCCUGCUUUGAUGAUAUAGGCAGCUGUAAGUUUUACUUGUGGAACCAACAGGACACCCAACGACGGUUCUUCUAAAUGCAGUGAAAACACUUUUUAGCCUAUCCAGAGAACUUUUGCAUCUCUAGAAAUGCAUUCUAAGCGGCGCUAUAAAAUUUGUACCUGUUCGGUCAUCCUAGGGCAACUGAGUCUUUUCGAAAUUAUUAUUUUCCCGAAACUGAAUUUUAGAUGAAAUUUAAAGUUUUACGAAGGUAAAGGUUUCCCAUUUCUACGAGAAAUAGCUCGUUAAUCUUGGGGGUCAGAAAAUCGGGAAUUUAUUAGAUAACGUUUCGAAAAUUGUGCAUGAAUGGAACGGUCAUCUAGAAACUUGUAGCCUUCCUCAAGCUAUAGAAAAUUCUAGGAAAUUUUUGCUUCUUCGAACAGAUAUUUUGCAAAAACAGUCGUUGGGUGCCCCUGAUUUAAUACUGGAGCGCGCAGUUAACAAUUGACUUUUUUUACUAUGGAGGCAAAUGUUAGCCACUCAACCUAUCAGAUCUUGAGGCAAAUAAAUGUAGCUCUGUGAAGCGCGGAAAAGGCCUGCGAACAAAUCACCAUCGGUCUUACCCGUUAUACCGUUUCUUGUUAAUAUAGUUCUGACGGUUUAGAUGCCGACGCAUGAUUUUAUUCUCUGAUAACAAAGUCAGGGUCGGCCAGGGUUUUUGGGUAUACGGUAUACAGGGGCUUUUUAAAUCGGGUAUAUGGUAUAUUGCAGCUUAAAUACGGGUAUUCGGUAUAUCACUUUCUCUGAAUUUCAGGUAUAAAGUUUACCUGGGUAUAAUUUUGGGUAUAUUUGGAUGAAUUUUGGGUAUUUUUGGGUAUUAUGGCGAAUUUUUUUCGGGUAUACUGGUAUACCACUACCCCCCCCUGGCCGACCCUGCAAAGUGCAGCACUGUAAAUCAAGAGCACUCUAAGCAAUAGUUGCCCCAUAAAAAAAGGAUGGGAGUCUUUUAAACUCGGCAGUGAUUGAAAAAGAUGUACGUAAUCGUCAUGUCAUGAGCGCCAGGGGAAGACAAAGAAAAAAAUUUGAGUUGACAGGAUUCCGACCUUUGGUGUCCCUGCCAAUACCAGGCACGCGGGCGGGCGGGCGAUCGGACGAGCUCGCGGUCGGGCGGGCGAUCGGACGAGCUCGCGUUCGGGCGGGCGCAUCUACUGAUCGAUGGAGAGGUCUACUCAUGCAGAGCGAUUUAAAAAACGCGUUGCCUGCAUACUGUUAGGAUCAGAUAUGUCAAGAGCAUGCUGUUGGUGAUAAGUAAAUAAAUAAAGAUUAAAGGGAAUAUUAUUUAUCAUAAUCAGCACUUACUCGUUCUGCGGUUUAAGCACCUGGUUUAAACCUCGUUCAAGCCUUUCGUUGGUUUUUUUUUUGCUUUGUCCUUAGGUAUCAUGGGUUUGUGUUGUCCUUGCUUCCUGUUGUGCAGCAUUUCCAGUCGCAUGCAGGAAGGAUUUGCUUAUGGCUGCUGCUGCUCUGAAAUCGCACCGUUCACUCUGCGUGCCAAGCUGAGAACAGAACAGCAUAUUCAGGUAGGUCUUUUCAGUUUUUACUUUGGUAGAGAACUUGGCGAUUGUGUACAGACGUUUUUGCUUUGUUUGUUUGUUUUUGGGAUAUCUUGCAAGCGAGUAAGCGCGAAAAACCCAACCCCCCCCCCCCCAGUAUCCUUGCGCUAGCAUUCAACUGCCAACCCACCAAUACAAUACACCAACCCACCCACCCACCUGACCCACCCACCUGAUACUUUGUAAAAGGAUAACUCAACUGUGUGGCCAUGUUGUAACACCUUAGUUUUUAUGCGGUACCGGCCCUCGAGUGUUCAUAUCUUUUCGACCUACAUUCACGGACAAAAGUAUUUCGGAAGGUUAGUCCUCAAAAAAGAGAGUUCUCUCUUUUGCUAAAUAUCUCUCUUGCCUCCCUAUUAAUUGUUGGGAUAUAACAGAGCAAUCACGCGCGCAAACAUUGACGUUUUGCUCAGUAUUCGGCCAGGGGCGGGCGGGGGGAAGAGAAAGGUAAAAAGUAGCAGCCUUCCCAACACUUUCGACGAUAAUAAUUGUAGCUUAACUGCUGCUUUUUUUUUUUCAGGGUUCUCUGUGCAAUGAUGCCCUCACCUUGAUGUUUUGUCUUGAAUGCUCUCUCUGCCAGAUGGACCGUGAACUGAAGGCAGUUGGAAAGUGAAGAAGCAAGCUGCGCCUUUUAUUUGCCGUUUGCGACUUAUGCAGAAUUUUAGAGUGUUCUUUUUUUUCGUUGUUAACCAAGAAAUUUUUCGAAGUUGUAGAGCAGAAGUCUCUCGAUUUUUUGUUGGUUGGUGUCUCUUUGAUUUUAUUUUUGAUCGAGUAUGGUAUAUAUUCACGACAUGAUUGUCACUGUUAAGGUGUUAUUAACGCUUUUGGUAUAUGAAUCUUUGUUUUACUGGGUUAAGUUGUGUUUAUGAGAAAUCUCACUUUUGCAUUUUACGCGUUCUCAGAGGACGUUUGUAUUCAGUGCAUAGUGGUAACUUCUGUGCUUAACGUACUAACGUAAAUGGUUACCCCUUUUCCCGUCUAAACGGAUCGCCUAUUUCAAGUGUUUGACCAGUUGCUUUUGUUGAAGUAUAAAAUCAACGUGGAAAGUAUCUGAACUUUAGUUUCUAUUUUGUUAUCUGAUAACCAAACAG